CAAUUUCAUUUCUUCAAGCUCGUCUAAUUUCGUACACUAUUUUUCUCACUCUUUUUUACAGUUAUUAGCACAAACACUCGCAUUUGAAUUCACAUGUCCUUAGCAAAUCUGUUUGGCUUUGGGCCCGUGGCUGACGUGACGGUAAUUCUAAAUGGUGAAGAUGAGCGCCAGCAAGUCGAGUACCGGGUGGGCAAGGACAAACGCGACAAGGCGCCGCUGUACUUUGACGGCGAAUCAAUAUCAGGAAAGGUAGUCGUGCGCGUACACGAGGGCAAACAGCUGGAGCACUACGGAAUCAAGGUGCAAUUUAUUGGCAGCAUUGAAAUGUUUUAUGACCGCGGGAACCACUACGAGUUUGUGUCUCUCGUGCAGGAGCUGGCAGCGCCAGCGGAGCUCACCAACACGACAAUGUACAACUUUGAGUUCAAAAACGUCGAGAAGCAGUAUGAGAGCUACCAGGGAAUCAACGUUAAGCUGCGGUACUUUGUCCAGGCCACCGUGUCUAAGCGCGUCGGGGCCAUUAUGCAGAGCAAGGACCUCUGGGUGUACUCAUACCGCGUCCCGCCAGAGGUGAACAGCUCUAUCCGCAUGGAGGUCGGGAUUGAGGACUGCCUGCACAUUGAAUUCGAGUACAACAAGUCAAAGUACCACUUGAAAGACGUCAUCGUGGGCAAAAUUUACUUUUUGCUUGUGCGGAUCAAAAUCAAGCACAUGGAGCUGUCGAUUAUUCGCAGGGAGACAACGGGAGCAGCGCCCAAUCAGUACAACGAGAGUGAGACCAUUACAAAGUUUGAAAUUAUGGAUGGCGCGCCAGUGCGUGGCGAGACCAUCCCCAUUCGCUUGUUCCUCGGCGGUUUUGACCUGACGCCGACGUACAGAGACGUGAACAAAAAAUUUUCGACCAGAUACUAUCUGAAUCUGGUCCUUAUUGAUGAGGAAAACCGGCGGUACUUUAAGCAGCAGGAAAUCACGCUGUAUCGAAAAAACGGCGGAGAGAAGAAGACCCCCGAUGGUAGGGACGACUCUGAAUUGGAAGCGCACCUUGGCAACUCUGCAUAACCCGUAGAGCUCUUUUAUAUAACCCUAGCUUGCUUGGUUCUUGUUUUUUCUUAAAAUUAAUUUUCCAGUAAUUUUUUACAAGCUGAGCGACUACUUUGUGGCAG